AAUCAAUGGGAUUAUUUAAGCAUGUAUCAUUGGAGUCCGCCCCGAGAUGCCGACUUUGCUGCAGAAAAGAUACUCUCGCUCCCCACCCCCUCCUUUCUUUUUGACAGUCAGUUAAUAAAGACUCAACAAUAAGCAGCUGCCAGUGAUGUCAUUUGGGACUUUGUCCACGGAGCUUGUAUUUACAAGCUCGGAGCAACCACGGAGCCGCAGCCCGGGGAGCAAGUCUCCGCAAACUUGCUCCGAAUUCGCUGCAGGACUUUGCUGCUGCUUUGGAUGUGCAGGAAAACUGAGCGUGUUCUCUUGGUGCGGCCUUUUAACGCUUCAAAAAUAAACAGAGGAUAAACUUGGGAGGAAAUUUUUAGCUGGAGAGAGCCGUGGCUGUGUCUGUCUCCAGGACUGUGAUAUGUAUUGACUGAAGAGCUAACUACAAUGACCCUGGAAACAGAAGGGGAAUUCUUAUAAAUCACAAAGGAAAAUAAAUAACUUCACCCAUGGAGGGAAAGAGACAGCUUGAGAAAAGGGACUUUGGAAAAAGGCUGUCUCUAGACAGCAGUCUUGUGGAAUACAUGGACUCCAAUAAAUACAUUGAGCAUCUUCUAACUCAGCUCGAGGAACAACACAGAAGUCUAUGGAGGACUCCUGAAGGGUUGGGAGCUUCUGAUGGGGGUGCCGCGGAGGGGCGGGGAGGGGGAGAAGGUGGGGGGCGGGAAUCUGCGGGCCGGAGCCGCCCGGUAGGAGCGCACUGCGCAGCCCCGCCAGGCGCUCCAGGGCAGCUCUUUAACGCGCCUCAGGGAGGAAAGUGGCACGCAGACCCGAGGGGCCUCCCGGAACGCGGGCGAAACGUCCCAUUGCUGGGAGGGCGCGGAGACACCCAGAGGCAGGCGCGGGGAGACCAGUGGAACACAACAAAGCGGAAGAGCUCCUGGGAGCGCGCGGUGUCCCGGCUGCCGUGGGCUGUGCGGCGUGCGUGGCCCGGGCCACCUCUGCGCGCUCCGGACCUGGCAAGUUUGUCAACUCCGGGUUCUGCGGCCAACGCCUGGCUGCCCCCCGAAGUGACAGCACUGCAGGGUCGGCCCCCAGGGAGGGUGGCACCCACCCCGCCCCCGCCCCGCUGCAAAAUGCUCCAGCACAGGCCAGGUAAGGAGACGCUAGCCCUCGCCCCUCGCAGGCGCGCCCCCUGCGCCCGAAGCCCGGGCCUGUCCACUGGCCUUUCAGCUCCGUCCUUCCUAUUGGUGCCCAAGGGCUCCCUGCAUCCGUGCCCGCUCCUGUGCUCUCAUGGGUCUACCUCUGCCCUCCACCUCCCUCUCCGUUGCCCUUCGUUCCCACCUUACCGGAUCCCGACGGCAGGGGGAGAAGCCAGUGGCUUGGUCCGCUACCUGGGCUGGCCCCUGCAGGGCACGCCCGCCUCUACCUGGUACCCGUCCCCCUCCCCCAUCACCAGUGGAUUCCCGACCCUGUCUGCCAAGCUCACAGCCUCUAGCCUUGACCGCCCCCUCCCUUGCUGCUGCCGCCCCAGCUCGCCAGGAGUGAGGAGUGUGUGCCCUGUUGCUACUGGCAACUACCAGUGCCGAAAGCUCAGCCCCCAAAGCAGCUUAAUGCUGAUUGAUGGGCAGAAAUACGAUAUUUUCUGGAGCUUAGCAGCCGCUGAUGCAGAGGCCCUCCCUACCGCUGGAGCCCUGCAGACCGCCCAGCCUCCUCCUGUAAGCUAUCCUGAACUAGGGCAGAUUUUCAGGACUAAUGGAAAUACCUGCCCCAACCUGUACCACCACGCCCUGCCCUCCCCAAUACUGAUUGCAAAGGGCCAGAUUUCAUUACUGAAGGAAUUAUCUUUAGAAGAACUUUUUCUGCAGUAUUUCUUUUCAGCACCACAGUGGACAACUGUCCACCACUCUUCAGGAAGCCCCCACAGAAGAGCAAACAGUCAACUCUCUUGUGUCCCUGGCUUCUGCCAGAUCCCUGCCUUUGCCCUGUCUGUACCUGAGAUGUCUGCCUGCCAGGUGUCACAGUACAUCUGUGUUUUAUCACAGAAAACAGGGCAGCAUGUUGGUGCUGUCAAUUCUUUUGCUCCCUCAGAGGCCAUGCCUCCAUUCCCAAAUGUAUCCAAGCAGGAGAACUGUUUCUCUGCCUGUGACCCAGGGGAGCCUCAGACCACACUGCCCACUUCUGGGUCUCCACCUUCCUUCCCCACCGGAGUACCACCAAGCCCACCAGGCACAACCCUGGCAAUGCAUGAGAAGCUGAUGCAUGAAUUGGAAGAGGAGAGACACUUACGUCUUCAGAGUGAGAAGCGGUUGCAGGAGGUGACACUGGAGUCUGAGCGCAACCGAGUUCAGAUGCGUGGUCUGCAGCAACAAUUCUCUAGGAUGGAAGAAACAGUGCGAAAUCUAUUGCAGAGUCAAGGGCCUCCAGAGCAGAAAAAAGAAGAAACUGUUAAUAUAAUGGUCUAUCAGGAAAAACUGUCAGAGGAAGAGAGAAAACACAAGGAAGCUUUGGAAGGUCUUCACAUGGUGGUGGAUGAGGAUUCGAGGAGCGAAAGUAGCAGUGUCGACGAUGGGAAAGAAAACACCAAACUGCUGUUGGAAAGAUUGAAAGCUCUAGAGGCAGAGAAUUCAGCAUUGGCUUUGGAAAAUGAAAAUCAAAGGGAACAGUAUGAGAGAUGUCUUGAUGAGGUAGCCAACCAAGUUGUGCAAGCUCUGCUCACUCAAAAGGAUCUAAGGGAGGAAUGUGUAAAGUUGAAAACAAGAGUGUUUGAUUUAGAACAACAGAAUCGAACGUUAAGCAUCCUGUUCCAACAGCGAAUCAGACCAACUUCUGAUCUGCUCCUUCAGAAACUUCACUCACGCAUCUUAGAUCUUUCAUCUGGAGAUUUGCUCUCAGACGUGGAAAGAAGCCGAAGUCUGACGCAGUCACGAACUGAUGUUGAGAUUCAUGAAUGCCAGCCAAAUGCAAAAUCAGGAGCCCCUGCUUUGAAAUGCCCUGGUUUGGGGAUCGUCAUCCCUGGUCAUCUCUGUCCUCGAAACAGCUGCAGCAGCAGUGAGCUGUCUCUUUCGAGCACCUGCAGUGAGAACUCCAGCGGCUCCUCCCACACAUGGCAUGAUGGAAAGAACCUCAGGAAAAGGAAAUCAUCACAAAACUGGGAUAAAAGGCUAAGUAUUGACUCUUCGCUCCCAAGUGGCUUCGCUAGUCCGACAGAUGAACUACCUCCCACUCGUAUCAAGGAAAGUCACAUUUUGGAAGGACUAAGAAAGCUACAGAAGCGAAAGGUGUUACUUGAACCCCCGUCAGUGAUAACAAAAUGGGGUUAUAAAGAUUGCAUGAACUCAAAUGAAGGAAUAUAUUCUCCAGGAAUUAAGAGUAGCAGCAUCAAGGGGUAUCCCCCCUGCAAACCAACUGACACGAGGAGCCCCAGCAAGGAGCCUCACGAGACAUUUGUCUAUGACACAGAUUCCCAUGAUGAUGCUGAUGAGGACUCUUCCUCCUUAGCCUUGCUCCAGGCAGCUCCAAACCAGAGCUGCAGGCUGCACAGUCAUAAAUUAACCCACAGUGUUUCUGACAGCCUAUUUGGCUGGGAGCUGAAUAGAAAACACUUUACAGAAGGUAUGUCCUCAGUUUACCCCAGGGAAAGUCCUGAGAAUCAGACCAGUUGUGCCAGCAACUGCCCCUUGGAGAGGAUGCUGUGCCCAAGUGUGCAGGCGCCUCAAGUACAGAGAGAGAGGGAGCCACGCGGUCAGGGCCAUGUGGCUCUCAGUCUACAGCUUUCAGACACCGAUGACAAUGAAGCCUUUGAUGAAUUGCACAUUGGUAGCAGUGACGAGAAAAGCCAUUCAGACUUGUCACUGACUGCUGACACUGACAGAUCCAUGGAGAAUCUGGACAUCCUUAUGGGAUUUGGAAAAUCUCAACUGGGGUCUCCUGAUGAGGAGGAAAAACAAGUGCCCAUCCCCUUAGAGAGUAGACCAAAGACGUUUAGCUUCAUUAAGCAGCAAAGGGUUGUAAAAAGGACUUCUUCAGAAGAAUGCAUUACCGUCAUAUUUGACGCGGAAGAUGGCGAGCCCAUUGAAUUCAGCUCUCACCAGACUGGCUUUGUCACUGUUACCAGAAAUGAAAUUUCUAUCAAUUCGGCCCCUACUGGACCCAAGGCAGAACACACUGAAAUUUUACCUCAGGGAAUGGCUCAUUUACAGCCAGGAGCUGCAGCAAGAGACUACACUUUCUUGAACAGACCUGAAGAGCAAACUGAGAAAAACAUUCCAAAAGAUGACAUAGAUAAUGUUACUGUGGCACCCACUGACUCUUUCAGCCCCAGGACAGUCACACAAAAUACUCAGCGACCAAGACCAGCCAAACCAACACUCACUGUGUCAUGCCAGAGUAAUUCUAGGUCUUCAGUGUCCAUGGGUAUCUAUCAAAAACAAAGUCUGACAAAAAUCCCUGCCAGGGGCAAGUCUUCACCUCAGAAAUCAAAAAUGAUAGAGCCUGAACUCUCCUCAAGAGUGCCCUCAUCGGGCCCAGUGUCUCUUGAAAAAUCACCAGCCUUAGCUCCUGGGAAGCUCUCACGGUUCAAGAAGACUGAGGGCCCAGCACCCCUUUUUGAUUUGCAGCCAGAUUCACACAUUCCAAAACACCCUGGCCAACUUCCUCAUGGCUCCAAAAUGUCCAGCAGAAAGGAUUGGGUUCAGUGCUCCAAGAGUCAGAUUCCAGCAUCACAGUUACUGCCAAGGCCCCUCAAUGAGCCAGGUGACAAUGGAGAACCCCCGACAAGGGACAAACACUGUGACCCUGGGCCAGAGGCAGGGAUGAAAUCACCUCCCCCCCCACCCCCUCCAGACAGGUCAGGCUCCCUUCUCAUCAGGCCCAGUUAUGACUAUUUGCCACCACCCUCAUCUGCCAAGCCUGACACCAGGGUCCCCAAUGAAACAGCAAGGACCAUAUUCAAAUCCCCACCUCUGAAGGGAUCCUCUGCUCCUAUUAUCUCUUCUAAUCAGAUCAUGACAGAAGUGCCAGGGAAGAAACCUUCUGUGGCCUUCAAAAAGCCUAUCUUCACUCACCCUCUGCCCUCCACAGAAAGAGUGAUUCAAACCAGAUGUUCCACUCAUACCCCAAGCAGCUCAUUUGCUGUGAUGGCCCCAGGGCCCCUAAAGGUCUCUCCAAAGAGAGGUGUCCCCAGAACCCCACCUCACCAAACGCUUGGGAUCACACAAGCAGACACAGGGUUACGGACUCCCAAGAAUUGUCCUUCAGGCCCUGAGCCACUGGAAAUAUCAUCCCCCAAAAGUGUGUCCCCAGGAAGAAAAGGACAAAUGAAUGACUGUGUCCCCACCUCACCCAAGCCUGCCUUCUUAGGGGCGAAUGAAUCACCAUCAUCUCAGGGUAACAGUCACUCAUCAUCACCCUCCUCCAAAAGCCAUAACACCCCACAUGGUUGUCAAAGCGCUCAUGAGAAAGGGCUGAAAACUCGCCUCCCGGUUGGGCUCAGAGUCCUCAUGAAAUCUCCCCAAUUGCUCAGGAAAAGUUCUACAGUGCCAGGGAAACAUGAAAAAGACAGUCUGAAUGAAGCCUCUAAAAGCUCUGUGGCUGUGAGCAAGGCUAAGCCAGAGGAUGCUGGGAAUCCAGUGAGCAUGGAGACCACAGUGGGAGAAAGAACUGUGACUCCACUGUGUUUUCAGGCACAAGGCAAUUUGGCUGAAGGGCUUCCCCUGGAAACGGCAAUGCCAGAGUCAUUGGAUAAUAGCACCCUUGAGGCUGAUGGAAAAGAUGGGGUAGAAAACAGGGCUGUGAAAAGAUCCCUUUCCUCCAAUAAGCCACACUUAAAACCGGCUCUAGGCAUGAAUGGAGCCAAAGCCCGCAGCCAGAGUUUCAGUGCUCACUCGGGUGACAAGCCCCCUACUCCCCCCAUGGAAGGGCCAGGCAAAGUUCGAACUCAGAUUAUUACCAACACUGCUGAGAGAGGCAACUCCCUCACUCGACAGAGCUCCUCCGCGGAAGUCUCGCCCAACAAGACCCCUUCUGCUCCCAUGUCUGACAGUCUCCCCGGUGUGGGGAGGCCUCUGGGACAUCUCUCCACCAGGCAAGCCUCCCUAGGGAGUGCAGGCAGCAGCCCCAGUAACCAGCAUGGGAGCCCAAGCAAGUUGCCUUUGAGGGUCCCUCCAACAUCUGAAGGGCUCCUUGUCCCCUGUGGAAUGGAAGACAAGCAGGGCUAUGCAGAGGGAGGAUGUCCCACCAUGGCUGUCCCUGAGGAACCAAACAGUGACCACUACACAUGCCCACCCACCCCAGCAGAUUGCCCACGAGCCCCGCAGAAUCCGGGGAGGACAGAGCGUCCACACAGUUUUGAAACAAGCAGGACCUCCAAGCUAGAAACUUCUGGAAUGUGUCCAGAUACUUCUACAACCAGGACUGGUGCUGUGAGCCCCGAAGCCCCCCUCUCACCCACAAUUGAAGAAAAGGUCAUGUUGUGCAUUCAGGAAAACGUGGAAAAGGGCCAAGUGCAAACAAAGUCCCCCUCUGUGGAAGCGAAGCCAAAGCCGGGGCCUUCUUUAGCCAGCUGGUUUGGUUUUCGGAGGAGUCGACUUCCAGCUCUCAGUAGCAAGAAAAUGGAUGUCUCCAAAACCAAAGUGGAAAAAAAGGAUGCAAAAGGUUUGGGGUUUGGAAACAAACAGCUAAAAUCGGAGAGAAAAAAAGAGAAAAAGAAGCCUGAGCUGCAGUGUAAAAUGGAAAAUGAGCUUGCCAGGAACACUAGGUUGGCACAGAGUCCAGACAGUAGUUUACAAAGCAAAAAUACUUUGAAGACCCCACAAGACGUCUAUGACCAAACGAAGUUUGAACCAAGAAGUAGACCCAGCCCUGUCACAUGUUCAACGAAAGAUACAUUUAUGACGGAACUUUUGAACAGAGUUGAUAAGAAAGCCGCUCAACAGACAGAAAGUGGAUCAAAUAAUGUUUCCUGCAGGAGUGUGUUAAAGGGCAGCUCCCAGGGUUCCUGCCUCACCAGCAGCUCUACGAGCACUCAAGGAAACCACAAGAAAAACAUCAAAACCAAAGCCGAUGUGGAAAUACCGAAAAGCUCCCUGAUAAAAGAAGCAAGCAGAGACCUGCAAGAGGAUGAAGAUGUGAUUGCGGAGCCCACAUUUCAGAGCCACAUCAUAGAAUCAAACUGCCUGAUGAGGACACUGGACAGUGGGAUCGGAACCUUCCCACUCCCAGACUCUGGAAAUCGCUCCACAGGGCGGUACAUAUGCCACCCAGACUCCCCAGAGGACACCGAACCCAUCCUGCCUCUCCAGCCAACACUUUGUGCAGCUUCCUCUAUCAGAGCUCAGACCCUUGAACGAGAAGUGCCUUCCUCUGCAGACAGCCACGUCUCUGCAGAUAAUGCCAUUGUUCAUUCCACAUCCGACCCCAUCAUGACCACCAGGGGGAUGCGUCCUCUUGAAAGUCGCCUCCCCAAACCAGCCUCCUCAGGAAAAAUCAAUUCCCAAAAGCAGAAUGAAGCAGAGCCAAGGCCUCAGACCUGCUCGUCAUUUGAAUAUGCUGAAAACACAAUGGCAACUGAGCAGCUUCCAGACUGGGGCUGUGCAGCCCCCACGGCUGAGACCCAGGACAAGGUACCCAGAAUGUGUGCGUACUCUGCCAGUGGUGGCAGUGAUAGUGACAGUGACCUGCACUAUGGAAAUAAUGGUUUUGGAGCUGGAAGGGGCAAGUUAGUGAAAGCAAUGAAGAGCGCCACCCAAGAAAUUGAAACAAGUUGAAGAAACAAAAGAAGAUCCUGAGAAUAGAUUAUCUAAAAUUUCCCUGGAGUCAUUCAAUAAAUAUAACAGCAAAACUAUGAUUUUGUUAGAAAGAG